AUGGUAGAAAACAAGAUAAAACACACAGGUAAGAUCAGUAAAAGAACUGGUAAAACCAAUAAUCCCAUUAGUGCUAGACAGCUUAUGGAUUUAAACAACUUAAAAGAAACUAAGGACAAGACUGGAGAUGAAACGGUACCGAAUCAAAAAUCGAGAACCAUGAGUAUGUGCACCAAUAUAACGAGAAAUGUUCACGAUACUAUAACACCAAUUAAAAAGAAUUGCACAACAAGACUAACCUUCCAUUCUUUAUUAUCGCUUGAGCAGCAGAAGGAUGGAUUUCAAACACCUGAAAGUAAAAUACAUAACUCACCUCUUUUGGAAACAAAAUCAAAAACUCAUAUUGAAGAUAGCGUAAUAAGGGGAGAAAGUAUUAUAAAUCCAAAGACACCAAGACGUACGUUAUUAUCGCCAAUUAUACUCACAAAUUGGCUUGACAGAACUUCGAUCUACUCACCAUCAAAUGGUUCCCGCCUUCUUUUCAAAACGAAAUAA